AUGGCCUCAAAUGCAAAAGAAUCAAUAGAAUGGGGAACUAAUAUAGUUGGUGGUGUGACACCUGGGAAGAACGGAGAGCACUUGGGAUUACCGGUACUACCUACUGUAAAAGAGGAAAACAGUCAAUCAAAAAGUCGAUUGGUUGGCGCAAAUACUCCUGGUAUUAUAUCAGCAAUUGGAAAAUGUCGAAUUGGCUUCCAACCACUUUCUUGCUUCACACCUGGUCGAAUAGGCAUUGUUGCUAAAUCAGGAACCUUAAGUUAUGAAGCCGUCGCUUCAACAACUAGGGCUGGACUUGGUCAAAGCCUCUGUAUUGGAAUGGGUGGGGAUAUUUUGGCUGGUACUAAUUUUGUUGAUGCUUUGAAGAUUUUUGAACACGAUGAUGAUACUGAAGGUAUUAUUAUCAUCGGUGAGCUUGGUGGUGAAGCGGAACUUGAGGCUGCAGCUUGGAUUGAGGAGUAUAAGAAGCGCUCGUUAAAUCCCAAACCUACCGCGGCACUAGUAGUUGGUAAUCAUGCUGUGCCCGGUAAGGUUAUGGGUCAUGCUGGAGCUUUUACUUUACCAGGAGAACCAGAUGUAUUGACAAAGAUCAAGGCUUUCGAAAAUGCAGGAGUUACCAUGGUUAAUCAUCCAGCUAAAUUUGGCAAUGCUAUGAAGACCUUGUUGGGGGAUUCAGGACGAGCAAGCAGUGGCCUAGCUACAAGUAGUGUUUCUCAAAAGCGAAGCAUGCACACAAUGAGGAUACGACCAACACCAGGAACUCCAACUAUAAACAUGGUGCAAAAGAGAACGAUAUAUCUCAAAGAGGAAGAUGCCUUUAAAUUACUUGACCAAAAAGGAAUUUCCGGAAGACAAGAUCCUUCAAAAAAAGAUCCAGUUCACCGCCACCUUACUAUUAGUAUUGAUCGAAGCAACCGCUGUCCACAAUUUAUAUUACAGGGACCGGUCAAGAAGAAUGAAAUCCCAUCCAAACCAAAAAAGAGUCCCUUUCAAUACGACUUAGGUAUCACGACUGGUCUCAGACAAAAGUGCGCCACUCAUCUCCAAUUGGUGCAUCAACAUAAAUUGUUGCAUCCAAUUAUCUCCGGUUUAUUUGAACUCUUCAAAGAAAAAGAAGCCUUCCUCCUCCAAACCACCAUAAAAGGAGCACCUCCAUGGAAAGAAAGAUUCCAGCAUAGAGUAUCCAUUGAACAUGCAAAUUUUGGUUUCGACGACGCCGCCUUCAAAAGCGCAAAUCGUCACUCCGAAAUUCACUCCCUCCCUCGAGCAGAUAUCCAAGAUCCUGCUGAAACAGAAGCUCAAAAACAUGGUAUAGUAUACAUCAAACUCGCAGGCGAUGGCAAUAUUGGUACACUAGUCAAUGGUGCAGGAUUAGCUAUGAAUACUGUAGAUGCAUUAGCGGAUGCAGGAGGUAAAGCUGCGAAUUUCUUGGAUACAGGGGGAAAAGCAACGGCGGAAACGGUGAAGAAGAGUUUCGAGGUCAUUUUGAGGGAUGAGAGGGUAAAAGUGGUUUUUGUUAAUAUUUUUGGGGGUUUGACUUUAGGGGAUAUGAUUGCUGAGGGGAUACUUUUGGCGUUUGGGGAGUUGGGGGUGAGGGUGCCGGUGGUGGUUAGGAUUAGGGGGACGAAUGAGAAGGAGGGGCAGAAGAUUAUUGCCGAAAGUGGAUUACCCCUAUACGCAUACGAUGAUUUUGACGAAGCUGCAGCAAAGGUGAUAGAAUUAGCUAAUUCAAGCGAUUCUUAG